UUCAGAGUUACAAGGAUGAGAUUCCAAGUCACAACUCUCUUUUGUUUUUGUGCAUGUGUGAGCUUCUUCUCCUUCUUCUUCAAGGAUCACAACCCCUGGAUCUUGAAGAAUUUUCCCUCAACCUUAACCUUAAUCAGAGUUUGCAGCAGUUGCCAGCGAGUUGACUCAGUUGAACCCAUGGAGAAAACCCCCACCAAGCUUGAUUACUUCGAAAACAUGUCGAAGCUCAACUCAGAGGCUUCGAUCAUCUCCUCUUUUAAAGGCGAUGAUGGUCGGCUCGCCUUGAUAUUGGAUCGUACUGUGUUUCAUCCCCAAGGUGGAGGUCAGCCUGCGGAUACAGGAUUCAUCACUGUUAAUGGUGAUUCUGAAUUAAAGUUCGUUGUACAAGAUGUACGGUCCAAAGAUGGAAUAGUAUUUCAUUAUGGGGUUUUCGAAAAUUUUGCUUUGGACUCAGAAUCUAAGCUUGAGAAAGGGAAAAAAGUUGUCUUAUAUGUUGAUGAAUCUAGACGCAAGCUAAAUUCCAGGCUUCACUCAGCAGGACAUUUGUUGGAUGUGUGUAUGCAAAAUGUGGGAUUGGGUCAUCUAGAGCCUGGAAAAGGUUACCAUUUCCCUGAUGGGCCAUUUGUUGAAUAUAAAGGCACCCUUCCACAAAAUGAGUUGCAGAUUAAGCAGAAGGAAUUAGAGCUAGAAGUUAAUAAAUUAAUAUCAAGAAGAGGGAAAGUUUCUAUUGCUGUAGUACCGUAUAAAGAAGCUGCUGACAUGUGUGGUGGUUCCCUUCCUGAUUACAUUUCAAAGGAAAGCACACCACGUAUAGUGAAGUUUGGGGACUUCCCUGGCUGCCCUUGUGGCGGUACCCAUGUUUCGGAUUUUUCAGAGAUCAUAAGCGUUACAGUAUCUCAAAUCCGGACUAAGAAAGGGAUCACAAAGGUGUUUUACAAUGUUGGAUCGUAAGUGAUAAUAUGUGAUAAAGAACUAAAAACUGUCUUACAAAGUGAUAAUAUGAUAUGAAAACAACAACUUAUGUAUGGUAAUAGUGUGAAGAAAACUUGAAAAAGGUAUAAUUAAUGUUCUAUAUAGGUUCUUUUCUUUGUUCUUCAUGAAUGGCAAUUAUGUAAUACCAUUGAGUUUAUCUACUGAGGAUAUAUUUAUGCUAAUUGCUUUGCUACCAAGUAGCAAUCAAGAUGCUAUUUUUUUUCA